GAUGCAUGUGGGUAAAAAGCAUUUAUCUAUUUCACACCUUUAAAAAAAACUUUUUUGACUGAAAUUUGUAUUUUUCCCUCUGAAAAAACAUUUUUUUGUUUCAACGUUGAAAACAAUGUGGUGGCGUUAGGGGUUAUGCAAUGGGUCAUCAAUAUAUGGCACCACCACAAUGUCUGACUCAUUCAUUAUCGGCUUGGGGGUAGUGGCUCAACUUACCCCAAUGUUCAACUUACCCCACCUUCCCCUACACGCUAAUUGUCGUUCAAUAUACAAUAUCAUUUGUAUACAUAAAUUUCGAAAUUCUCUUGUGCGUUUAUAUUUCAACUUUGCCUGCGGCCUCGUUGAAAUAUAAACGCGUGCGAAAAGUUUGAAAUCUAUGGACACUCAUAUUAUGGUAUAUUUAACUCCUUAUCAUGCUCUAUAUGCAUAAAAUGACAUAAUGUACCAGUACCUAAGAAAUCUUAAGAGUUAAAAUUGGGUAUAUAGAAAAUGGUAUAAGUAUAAACCAUACUGUUAGUAAUGUUUAUAUUAAUCAAUAAUGUAUUAUAUCCAUGUAAUAAAUGUAUUACGGUUUGCCUUGCUAAACUGGUUUAGGUGUAGGUAAGAUACAACCACUCUUUGGGAAGCGAUCUUCACAUGGAAGUACAAAAGUGUGCGCAUGUUGGGCGCGCUACUCAGUACACACUGUUAAUAGAAAGCCUAUGCUGCUGUUUCAAAUUUGUGCGAAACAUGUGACCUCACUGAGAGUGUUUCCAUAGCAACAAGACCACUUUACAUCAACUGGAAACCAGUUAAGGGGAUGGUAAUGAGAAUGUUUUUUAGUGAAGCGAUCAUCUAAACUUGUUUCCUUAACUGAUUUAUGGAAACCACUAUUUAUUUUUUUGUCAUCGUACCUGAGCACUAUUUAAAAUAAUCAUAUUCAUUACCUAUUUGUUAUAAUGUGGGCAGUAGUAACUAAGGAAACUAAACCUUUAAUCUGGAUGAAGAGGCGUCUACGGUAAGUGUUAUGGUUUCCUUGCCAAAGAGUUUAGUUAUGCUUCCACCCUGUAGGUACAUGUAUGAUCUUUUGUACAUAUACAUGUAUAUUAAAGGUCAAGUCCACCCCAGACAAAUGUUGGAUUUGAAUCAAUAGAGAAAAAUCAAACAAGAAUAACGCUUAAAAUUUCAUCAAAAUCAGAUGUAAAAUAAGAAAGUUAAUGACAUUUCAGAGUUUCUCUUAUUUUUCACAAAAUAGUUAUAUGCACAACUCAGCAGCAUGCAAAUGAAAAAGUUGAUUAUGUCCCUCACUAAUUAUUAUUUUUUUAUCAUUUGAAAACAAUAUUUCAAUUUUUACAGAUUUGACAAUAAGGACGAGCUUGAUUGAACCGUAAAAUGUUAAAACAAUUGUAAUUCCCCAUGUUCAUGGAGGAAGAAAACUUGUUUCACCUUCCAGUGAGGAGAAAAUUAGAAUAUUUCAUAUUUCAUAUAAUAAACUGAAAAAGAAAUAGUGAGUGACGUCAUUAAUCACCUCAUUUGCAUACCAGACAGGAUGUGUAUGUAACUGUUCUGUGAAAUUAAGCAAAAUUUUAAAAUGUCAUAACUUUUCUAUUUUCCUUCCGAUUUUGAUGACAUUUAUGCUUGUUGGAUUUUCUCUUUUUGUUCAAUCAAGUAAUCAACUUUGUUGGGGUGGACUUAUGUUUGCAGUCAUAUCAUUCUCUAAAUGUAUGAUACCAUUCUCCAAAGGUCUGUCAGUACAUGUAUACCUACAUUUAAAUGAUUAUGCUUGUUGGAUUUUCUCUUUUUGAUCAAAUCAACUUUUUGUUUGGGUGGACUUGUCCUUAGUUUGUUUGCAAUCAUACCAUUCUCUAAAGGUCUGUCAACAUGUAUAUCUACAUGUAAAUGAUUAAAUUAAACAAAUUUACCAUUUAUUAUACAGUUAAAACCAAUAAAAUGACCACCCAAGGGAUAUGAGGAGGUGUUCUUUAUGAACAGCAACUAAUGGACAGGUUUCUUUACAUUGCGAAUUCUAGAUUCAGUGGAAGCAAAUUUCAGUCUUUAUCUCAGGGCAUUGUCAGUUUAGAUCAAUGAAACAACUACAAUUCAUACUAAAUUAUCAAGUGAUAACUGUUAUAUUUUGUAACAAUACUAGUUUAGGAAAAAGUUAAUAAAUAUUUUUUACAAAAUGUAUUUAUGAGUUUUAUUCAUUUUUCCCCCUUGACAUGUACAUGUACCACAGCUAUAUGGAAUUUUGAUGGAAAAGUUGAUCAUGGAUUACCUCUUUCAAUUGGAGAUGCUGUCCACAUCUUGGAAGAAAACAUGGGUUGGUACCGGGGUUAUUGCUCAAAGAAACCCAUGGUAAAGGGUAUUUUUCCAACAUCAUUCAUUCAUAUACGAGAGGCACCAGCAGAUGGAGAGGAAGAACGGCGCCGGAAGGCCAACGAGCCUCUGAUACAGGAAGUGACAUUGGUCCUACGAGAGUGGCAUGUCAUCUUUGUUGAACGCUUUAUGGUAAGAAUCAUUGACCCCUUGACUCCUUUAUCAAUCCCUUCAUUCUAAUCAUGUAUAGCCACAUUAUUCAUGUUUAUUAUUCAUAUUCAUACUGUACAUGUAUGUUUGUCAAAGGUAUUUGUAUUUUGUAGCUUUUCAUAUUUUCAGACUUUAUGAAAUUAAUUAUUGCAGUGAAGAAAUCCAAUUUACAUUUGGGUAAGCUUUUAUGAAAAAUAAGUGACUGAAUGUCGACCCAGUUGAUUAAAUUCUAUGCAGGAUAUUACUCCAAUAAUGUUUGAGUCUGUCCAAACAAUAUCAAAUUUCAGGAACUUUGAGUAGGAAAAGGACUAAUAUUUAUUUCUAAGUUAGAAAGGGGAAGUGGGAAGAAGAAUAUUGUAUGCAUGAUUUAUACUCGGUCCAUGGACUUUUAUUUUCAAGUACAUGUACAUAUACAUGUAGGUAGGUCCAUGCUCAAACAGAUUUAUAAUGAUCUCAUCAACAUUGAAAAUCAGGGUAGCAUGCAGUGCCAAAAGCCAGGAUGAUAUCAUGCAGUUCUUUAAUAGAAACAUUGUAUGAUUGCUACAAAGUAUGUAGUAGAUGAAAAUUGAUGAAGUAAUUUAAUUGUUAAGUUUUUUGUAAGUGUGACAGUGUGACUUUGCAUGUAUAUGCGAGCAGCUUUCCUACAUAUACUGUAGUAUGGUAAAAAUCAGUGCAAUGUCAUUUUCUCUGAAAACUGAAAAUGGUUUCUAUUGUACAGUAUAUCAAUACACAAAUGAGUUCACACCCGCUCCUAAAAAAGAAAGAAAAAAGAAAGUCAUCUUGAACUAUUAGAAAAAUGAAAUUUAUGCAUUAUACAUAUGGGACAGCUGCUCGAUUAUGACUUCAUAAAUCAAAAACUUGAAAUUCUAAUAAAUUUUUCAAUCUUUAAUAAUCAUGGAUUAUCCUUCAUCAAUGUUUUCUUUUUUAAAUUUCUGCUAAAUAUUUUAACAGCAAAGUUUUAAUCAGGGUGAACUUCCCCUUUAUUAAAAGAGAGAUUCAAUUCAAUUCAAUUUAAAGUUAUUUUCACAUCUGAUUAAAAAUGCAAGUACAAAUUCAUAUGCAGAUAGAUAUAUACAAUAAAAAACAUUACUUUAGGCGGUUUCAAACCGCCUCGAUCACAAGAAUCCCCGUUAAGUUACGAGAACAUUUUUAGGCUAAAAAAUACCCAUUAAUUAUUCCUGCAUUCACACCGCCCCGAAACAUAACCUUCGGGAUAAAUUCCUGAAGUUAGGAGCAUGCGCAGUAUGGUCUAAUAAGCAGGCAAGGCGCGAGAUUCAAAAUCACUAGCCCAGCAGCCACCCACGGCGCCCGCGCCCAACGACACGCUUGGCUAAAAGUUCCCGUAAAUUGCUUUCACAUUGCCAAAAUACCUGCGACCUUGGAAAAAUCCCCGCGAAAGUUCUUGUAAUUUCGCCAAGUUCCUACUAUUUAGCGGGUAUUUUCUUUCGGGGAAAUUACGCGUAGUUUGCUUUCACAUUACCAAAAUACCUGGUAUUUUCUGAUCGGGGUAAAUUUCCCGAUCAGAGAAUACCUGGAACUGACGAACUUCGUGACGAACUUCGAGGCGGUCUCAAACCACCUAAUGAAACAUAUUCAGUUUGGAAUCAUAAUGUGGUGGGAAUUGACAAAGGCCAAAGGCCUAUCAGGGUUAUUCCCAUAGGUAAUAAAAUUUACAUAAAAUGUUUCUUAAAUACAUACAAAAUAUAACAUAAAACAAUAGAAAAAGAAAUAGACACACAUGGAAUUCAGAAAUAUAAGUGUAAAUGAAAUAACAAAAGACAACCAGACAUCCAAGACAGGCAAUAUUUUGUUAACUUUAUUCUAGGAUUCAUUUUCAACUAGGUAUUUUUUUAGUUUUCUUCUAAACAUAUUCAAAGUAGGGCAUAUUUUGAUUUCUUGUGGUAAUUUGUUCCAAAACUUAGGUCCUGCAUAAGAAAUGGUAGUUCUUGAGAAAUUAUAAUUUAGCGUUUGUAGAUAGAAAAGAUUUGAUUGACGGGUCGCAUAUUUACAUACAUUUUUAUUAUAUACAAAACAAAUUUCUAAAAACUCCAGAAGUAUAUUUUUGGAGAUGAUGAUUCUUUUUUUUUAAGUUUGUACAUAUGGAAGUGUUUUUCUGUUGAAUGUUUUAAAAUUGUAAAAUUUAUAUUGCAAGAAAUAAUAAGAAGGCCCUUGUUGAGACGUAAUACAUGAAGUAUGAACAUUUUUUUUUUGGGGGGGGGCAUAGUGUAUUAUUGCAGAAUCAUGUCAGUUAAUUCACUUUUAAAAUGUUUCCCACAGAAUGCAGUGUAUAUACAUGUGUCUCUAAAAUAGAAAAAAAAAAUUAACAUAAAAAAACAUGCAUCUUGAAUUGAAAAUCCAUGAGUAUUUUACUGACAGGAAAGCAUACAUGUAAGCAGUCAUGUACAUUGUUCAUGUAGGUUGCAAGCUUCAUACAGUAAGCUAAUCAUCUGGUAAGUGUGAGAAUGAGAUUGUACAGAGAGGAAAAUGAAGCAUGGUGGGUUAUGACCAAGGCUUUAGAAAGCACAAUGCCAAUCUAUCAAAAUGUUGGGGUUUUUUUUUCAUACAGUGACCCAAGGUAGAAAAGGACAUGACCAAAGCGUGUGAGGCCAAUAGUGUACAUGUACCUACAUGUACAUGUAUUUGCAAUUUUGUCAUGGUGCCAUUUUUUAUAACCAAGCUAUUAACUGUCAUGCAAAUGAAUUGUUGUGACCCCAAGAGUUGAAUUGGCCUUAAAUGAGAUAAUCAUUAGUCUCUUGAUUAAGUGUUGAUUAGGCGUCUAAUCUUUAGGCUCUUUGUGAGCUGUGCUGACAGACUCAUUAUCUGAUAGAAUACCUUUCAAGGUUUCUAGACAUGUACAACACUCUUUAAUAACUUCAGAUAGGAUUUAGGAAGAAAGAACGCAGACAGUUUUUAGAGAUAAAAUAACAAAUUACAUCUCCAGAUUGUCAUCUGUUGAUUUUUAAAUAGUUAGCUAAGUGAGCAGCCAAAAGUUUGUUGUCUCAACUGUCUGAUUGAUCAAAAAGGGUUUGCUUGUGUCAAGCAUGAAUGGCCCUUAAAAGGUAGAUCACUCAAAAUAUUGGCUGGAUUGUACAGUAUCUUCGUAAUUGAACCCUGGAUCCUAGGAUCCAUGAUUAAACAUAUGCCCACAUAGGCUACUAUGCUUUAUUUUAAAAUGACAUCAGUGUAUUAGUAUCUGUUUUUAAUGUAUCAAUCAUCUCAUUUUAUACUGACUGCACAUUAAAUGACAUUUUUCUACAAAUCUUUGCUUAUAGCUUACAUGGAAGUACAUGUUUUAAUAGGUCUACACUGUACAUGUAUAUACCCAUACAGGCUGGAUUAUGUCUUCUGACUUGAAAUAAUGGGGGGGGGGGGUACAUUUAGAUCUUACAGUGUACAUGUAGUUCUUUGUUUGACACUUUUUUUCUAAACAAGAUAAUCAUCAUAGAUCAUUGUAUUAAGUUCAUUUUAAGUUUUUUUUAAUGUUUGGUGGCAUUCAAUUUUUUCAUUUCAGUGUACACGAAGAAUUAGUAUCAAUCAGUACAUGCAUAGGGAACAAGUUGUGAGGUAUAUGUCCAUGUAUAUUUAUACUGUACAUGGACAUAUGUCAUUGAUUCUAAUUCAAUCAGAGGAACUGUAAAAUAUGAUUUGUGCAACAUACAGGUGCAUGUACACUCUGUUUUUACUGAUGUACACAUGUCCAGAGCUGCAAUUGUAUGUACCUUCAUGUUUCUUACAUGUAUACAUCCAUUUUGAAAUGAGUUGACAGUUGGCAUUCUUUGCUGAUGAAUGAAAAAUGAAAGAUGUUUGUGGCACCGCUACAUUUAAAUGCGUGCUGUAACAGUGCCUUGACUAGAGAUGAAAAAUCUGUUGCAAAUGAUGGUUUUCCAUGUAUGAGUAGCUACAUGUACUUGUACACUAAAAACAGGUUAGGUUUCACACUUUAUUCAUUAUUGACCAUGAAUAAACCAAUCUCCUUUAUAUUAACCAAAGUAUAUUAUAAAGAAGUUGACAUGAUGUGUAUGAAGAAUCUGAAUCUGAUUGUUGAUACUUGAUGACUUCCAUACCGUCACAAUGUCUAUUAUAAACAAAAUAAGAAAAACUUCCUCAUUUAAUGAGGGAAGGAUACAAUUUCACAGUGAGUCAAUAUUUCCUGCUGUGCUCAUAUGUAGUAUCAUGAAUCAGACUAAACUAUAAACUCAGCUGUCCUUUCCCUUAAAUCAAACUUUCAUCCCAC